AUGGCCGAUCCAUUUAGCAUCGGCUCCAGUAUCGUCGGCGUGAUCAGCCUCGCGAUCCAGAUCACACAGGUGGUGAUGCAGUUUGGGUUGGACUGGAAAGAUGCACCGCACGAUGUCAAGACCUUCAUGGCCGAGCUCCAAACCCUGAACACUGUCUUGUCAGCAAGCAAUAACCUCAUCCUUAAUCCCGACUUUGCCGAAGCCUUUCAGAGCCGGUCGUCGCUCCUCCUCUCCCAACUUGGGCCUAGCGUUUCUCCCACAUCCGAUACGAAGCUCCUAUUUCAAACAUGCGAGAAGGAACUUAGGGAUCUGCUAGAUGAGCUGAAAAAGAGAGCAAAAGGAUAUCGAGUUGGGUGGGAACGGCUAAAAGGCGCUUUCUUGGCGAAGAACACUCGAAAAUCGGUGGAGAACCUCUACCGCUGGUGUCAAGAACUGAACAACGUAGUGUCGAUUGACACCGCUGUCUUGGGAGCAGCAACGUAUACAGCGGUCAAGGAAUCAAGAAAGGAACAUCAAGAGGCACGAAAAGAGCAACAGAAGUGGCACUACGCCGAAGCCGAUAAGGAGAUGCUAACUUGGCUCACAUCCAUUGACUAUGCGCCACAACAAAGCGAUUUCUUUAGUAGACGACAGGAAGGAACGGGGCAAUGGCUGCUGACUUCAAAGCAAUUUCGAGAUUGGGUGGAUCAGAGCAAUCAGACAUUGUUCUGCCCAGGUAUUCCCGGAGCUGGCAAAACAAUCUGCACGGCCAUUGUUAUCGACACACUUUUUUCUACGAUAUUCCCAAAUGACAACGUUGGAAUUGCGUAUAUCUAUUGCAACUUUCGAAGGCAAUUCGAACAAAAGCCCAUUGAUCUACUUGCCAGUCUGCUUCAACAGUUGAUCCAGGGACAGCCAUCUGUACCUCAAAGCCUAAAACAGUUUCAUAAGAAGCAUCAACAGAAACGAACACGGCCUUCAAUCGACGAGAUCUCGAAAGCACUGCACUCAACUGUCCGUGAUUAUUCAAGAACAUUCAUUAUUGUCGAUGCUUUGGACGAAUGUCAAGCGGCGAAUGGAGGGCGGAGACAGCUUUUAAGGGAGUUGUUCGAUUUGCAAGACAAGACGGCGAUUAAUCUCUUCGUCACUUCAAGGGUCAACCCUGAGAUUGAGCGAGAAUUCGAUGGUAGGAGUACGAAAUUGGAAAUCCGUGCAAGUGACGAAGAUCUACGAAGAUACCUUGAGGGACACAUGCCGAAGCUGCCAUCAUUUGUCUCUAGUAAGGCAGAUUUGCAGGAAGAAAUCAAAACGACAAUUGUCAAAGCUGCGGAUGGAAUGUUUCUUCUGGUACAACUGCACCUUGAUUCCUUGAUCGGUAAACGAUCGCCUAAGGCUAUCAGAGACUCAUUAAAAAUGCUACCAAAAGGAUCCAACGCCUACGACCAGGCGUAUCGCGAAGCUAUGGAAAGGAUUGCGGGUCAGGCUACGGAUUCUGAGAUCCUCGCCAAGCAGGUUCUGGCGUGGAUUACUUGUGCUAAGAGGCCACUGACGACGUUGGAGCUUCGACAUGCAUUGGCUGUCGAAGUGGGCGAGCCAGAAUUUGAUGAUGACAAUCUUCCUGACAUCGGAGAUAUGAUUUCAGUUUGCGCUGGGUUGGUCACGGUCGAUGCAGAGAGCAACAUUAUUCGGCUGGUUCAUUAUACGACGCAAGAAUUCUUUGAGCGAACACAGAAAGAUUGGUUUCCAAAAGCAGAGGCAGAUAUUGCAAAUGUCUGCAUCAGCUAUCUAUCGUUCGAGAAAUAUGAGUCUGGAUUCUGUCGAUCGAAUGAAGAGUUUGAGGCUCGACUACAAACCGAUCCCCUGUACGAUUAUGCAGCACGGAACUGGGGACAUCAUCUCCGCGAGUCAGACGACCGAUACCGAAAGGUUGAUUUCCUUGAAAAUGAACACAAAGUGUCCGCUUCUAGCCAAGCUCUAAUGGUUGAUCCUGAAAAGAGAUAUGCGGACUACAGUCAAAUGGUUCCCAGAGAGGUAACGGGAGUACAUCUUGGAGCAUGGUUCGGGCUAGGAGAGGUUGUGGCCAUGUUGUUGGAAGAUGGACAUGGUCCAGACUGUAAGAGUUCAUAUGGCCGGACACCGCUGUCAUGGGCCUCAGAGAACGGACACGAGACCGUGACUCGACUUCUGAUUGAGAAGGGUGCUGCGGCGGACUCGACUGACAAGGAUGGCUGGACACCGCUUUUAUGGGCUUCAAUGAACGGACACGAGGCCAUGGUUCGACUCCUAAUCGAGAAGGGCGCUGUGGUGAACUCGACUGAUAAUUCUGGUGGGACGCCGCUGUCAUGGGCUUCAAUGAACGGACACGAGGCCGUGGUUCGACUCCUAACUGAGAAGGACGCUGCAGUGAACUCGACUGACGAGAAUGGCUGGACAUCGCUGUCAUGGGCCUCAGAGAAGGGACACGAUGCCGUGGUUCGACUCCUGAUUGAGAAUGGUGCUGCGGUGGAUUCGACUAAUGAAACUGGCUGGACACCGUUGUCAUGGGCCUCAAGGAAUGGACACGAGGCUGUGGUUCGACUCCUAAUUGAGAAUGGUGCGGCAGUGAACUCGACUAACGAGAAUGGCUGGACACCGUUGUCAUGGGCCUCAAGGAACGGACACGAGGCUGUGGUCCGACUUCUAAUUGAGAAUGGUGCUACAGUGGAUUCGACUGAUAAUGGUUGGGCAUCGCUAUCAUGGGCCUCAGAGAAUGGACACGAGGCUGUGGUUCGACUCCUAAUUGAGAAUGGUGCGGCAGUGAACUCGACUAACGAGAAUGGCUGGACACCGUUGUCAUGGGCCUCAAGGAACGGACACGAGGCUGUGGUCCGACUUCUAAUUGAGAAUGGUGCUACAGUGGAUUCGACUGAUAAUGGUUGGGCAUCGCUAUCAUGGGCCUCAGAGUACGGACACGAGGCUGUGGUUCGACUCCUAAUUGAGAUGGGUGCUGCGGUGGAUUCGACCAGUGAAACUGGCUGGACACCGUUGUCAUGGGCCUCAAGGAAUGGACACGAGGCUGUGGUUCGACUCCUGAUUGAGAUGGGUGCUGCAGUGGACUUGACUGAGACUGAAUACAGCCGGACACCGCUGUCAUGGGCCUCAAGGAACGGACACGAGGCCGUGACUCGGCUUCUGAUUGAGAAGGGUGCUGCAGUGGACUCGACUGAUAAUUCUGGUGGGACACCGCUGUCGUGGGCCUCAAGGAACGGACACGAGGCUGUGGUUCGACUUCUGAUUGAGAAGGGUGCUGCGGUGGAUUCGACUGAUGAUAAUGGUUGGACAUCGCUGUCAUGGGCUUCCGAGAACGGACACGAUGCCGUGGUUCGACUCCUGAUUGAGAAGGGCGCUGCAGUGGAUUUGACCGACGAGGAUGGCGGGAAGCCGCUGUCAUGGGCUUCAGAGAAGGGUACAGUGGGAUCGACUGACACUAAGUAUGGCUUCCCUUAUGUCGAGCAUAGAUAUGGAGAAGUCACGACUGAUGGAGAAUUAAUAUAG